UGAGUUGGACCCAGUGCCAGGGCAGUAAGCGGGUGAGGCUGGGGGCACUCACUGGGCAUGUCUGUCCCACUCAGGGCCAAUCUCCGAUGGAUGAACAUUGCCGUGUACCAGCUGUCGGCGGUCCGGACCCUCCUGUUCUUCAUUGGGCUCAUUCUGUGGACAGAGGAGAAGUACGACUAUGGGGAUGUCGGCUACACCAACCCCAACUCCUACAUCAACGUCAUCAUCGGCUUGUCCACCUUCCUGUCCUUCUAUGGCUACCUGCUGUUCUACAGGGCCACCCAGGGGGCGCUAGUGGGCUACAGCCCCCGCUCCAAGUUCAUCUGCAUCACCCUGGUACUGGUCCUGUGCGGCCUGCAGAAUGGCAUCCUGGAGACCAUGGGGGCACUAGGGGCAAUUCCCUGCGUGCCACCCUUUACCGUGGAGACUCGAUCCCAAACAAUCUUUAACUACUCCGUUACCUUGGAGAUGUUCUUCAUUAGCCUGUUUGCUCGUUACUGUUUCCGGAGGGUGGAGCCCUGCGCAGACAGAGAGGCCCGCGGCCAAUUGGAGACCAGGAAUAAGUGGUCGCAGACCCCCCUGCGGGAGCCGUACCCCCAGUCGGAGGAAGAGGGCGCCGCCAUCAAUGGGGGGUACAUGAGCGACGGGGAGGAGACGCUGUGCCACAUUGAACAUGCCCCGCUGGAUAAGUACGACUUCAUGCAGUGCCAACAGCGGGCACAGAGCCCAGGGCAUGCCCCUGCGGGGGGGCACCCCCACAUACACAGGGAGGGCAAGGAGCUGGCACACAUGGGCACACCCCAAGCACUGGCUACUGGGGGCCUCCAGGUACAGGCCCAGAUCAACUACAUGGGCACCAAUGAGGCAACCGUGGUAUGAGCGUCAGCUCUUGGGUUCCUGGGACAAGAGAGGCCGCCCCAUAACCCCCCCAUGGGGGUAACUAAUGAUAGCCACGCCCCCAUGGGGGUAACUAAUGAUAGCCACGCCCCUCAUCCAAUCUAGACUGAAUUCAGUCUCCUUUAUACACUCCGCUCUACUCCCACAUUCAGUGGCCCCGCCCCUCUACUCCCACAUUCAGUGGCCCCGCCCCCUUUAUGCACUCCCCUCUACACCCAGAUCGAGUGCCCCGCCCCCUUUAUACACUCCCCUCUACUCCCACAUCCAGUAGCCCCACCCCCUUUAUACACUCCCCUCUACUCCCACAUCCAGUAGCCCCACCCCCUUUAUACACUCCCCUCUACUCCAACAUCCAGUAGCC